CAGGAAACCAACAAUUUACUUGGACUUGUGGAGAAAAUGAAUACCAGAGUUGCUGAAGAAUAUAAAGGUUUUGGAGAUGUGGCUUCAGGAUUGAGGAUCUUUGUGGAGCAAUUGAAGUCUAAGAGUGGCAGCUUUGAUGAGUAUGUUCAACAGAUUGACACAAUAGAACAGCAAGUAACAGAACUCGAAGCUGUAAUUUCGAUGCUUGAUAAGUAUGUUUCCUUGGUGGAAUCCAAGGUGCAAUCUGCCUACCAAAUUCCUCCACCUUGAAUCAACAGUGUUAUCUUCUUUUUGUUUCUAUUGCAAUAACAUAAAAGCUGUUUCUGGAUUGAAUUAAACUUGAUUUUAAUAUGUGAUCAAGCAACACCAUACAGAUAACAAGAAAUUCAUGUACCAACUACUAUCUCAAAUGGAAGGAGGAUAUUUGAAUGA